GUGAGGAAACGCUCAGAAAGAAGGAAAACACAGGGAGACGUCAGACUCGCUCUAUAAAUGAUCUGUACCACUUAUUAAGAAAACGUAUAAUACACAGACUAGUUGUAACGAUAGUCCGAUGCAUUAAACUUCAAUGUUGUAAGAUCGAGAUUUUAGGAUAAACGAGCGUACGAGUAUAAACUGACAACAAAUCAACUACUCAUAAUGGAAAUAUACCUGCAGCGUCUUUAGUGUAGUAGGCUACAAGCUGGUCAAGUGACUCGACGUUGAUCGUUUAUUUGAUUUUUUAUGAGAGUGAAAUAAUGAUGGAUCAUGACACUCAGUGGCUGUACCAGCUUCUCGCCGAGGUGCAGCUGGAGAGAUUUUUUUUAAGGUUACGAGAUGGACUCAAUGUGACACGUAUUGAGCACCUCAACUAUGUCAAAGAAGCAGAUCUCGAACAGAUUGGCAUUAGUAGACCAGGACAGCGGCGAUUAUGGGUAGCUGUCAAAAGUUAUAAAACCAGCAUGGGGUCACGGCCGUGGAUGAAGGUCUUUAAUAGCCGUACCCCAGAGGGAGGUGAUCAGGUUAAUGGUGUUGGACCAAGCCAGGGGCCGGAUCCAGGGCGUGCCCUCCCCUGUCUUAUCCAGGACAGUGAACUGGUCUUUGGGGAGAGGUUGGGUUCAGGCUCAUUUGGGGUAGUUAAAAAAGCAGAAUGGCACACACCAAAGGGACGAGUGGUUCCCGUGGCAGUGAAAACUUUAAGGAGUGGCUCAUCGAGGCAGGUAGACAUGGUGACUGAUUUCCUCCUAGAAGUUUCAACCAUGCAGUCUCUCGACCACCCAAACAUUAUACACCUCUAUGGUGUUGUCCUUACGCAUCCCCUUAAAAUGGUAACAGAACUGGCUUCUCUGGGCUCUUUAUACGACACACUGCGUCUGCGGCAGGGAGUUUACCCUCUCUCAAGACUCUGGCUCUUCAGCACACAGAUUGCUGCAGGUAUGGAGUAUUUAGAGUCCAGGCGGUUCAUCCACAGAGAUCUUGCUGCCCGUAACGUGCUCAUGGCAUCUAGAGAGCUAGUGAAGAUCGGAGACUUUGGACUGAUGAGAGGCUUGGAUCAUGACAGGGACCACUAUGUCAUGACGGCACACAGACGAAUCCCAUUUGCAUGGUGUGCUCCUGAGAGUUUACGUGUGGGUACUUUCCUUCAUGCCUCAGAUGUCUGGAUGUUUGGUGUCACGUUAUGGGAGAUGUUCACUUACUGUGAAGAGCCCUGGCUGGGGUUCUCUGCCAGACAGAUAUUAUAUAGUAUAGAGCGUGGUGAUCGGUUAGAGAGACCUCCAGACUGUCCUCAGGAGAUGUACUCUGUGAUGCGUAAAUGUUGGGCCUGCAGUCCUACUGACCGACCCACCUUCUCACAACUCAAAACCAUUGUUGCAGAGGCACAGCCUAUGGAGGUUCGUGCAGUGAAAGACUUUACAGAGCCCAGAAAACUCUCUUUACAGGCAAAUGAUCUAGUGACUAUAAUAGAACAUGGGCUGGAUAUAGGUGAGUGGAAGGGGCAAAACCAGAGAACUCUGAGUAUUGGCUGGUUCCCCCCUUCAUUGGCAGCCCCCUCUCUCACAGCAGUCUGUCCGGUGCCUAGUACUUCUCUGAUCUCUUCCCCUGUUAGAGGUAGUCUGCACCACACUGGCCACGGAGAUACCGAUCCAGCACGGAGCUGGGGCACCCCAGAACGGAUAAAUGACAAUGGAAAUUGGGGGAUUCCAUCAGCAAGAGUCAAGACAGGCUCCAAUCUAAAGAAAAUGUCAGGCAUGUCAAGAAGUCUGGAGUCAGUCUUAGGUGGGGCACAAGACGAAGAUAUAGGGAAUGCUGCUCAAUCUGGCCACCGCAAACAACUCUCCCCUGACCCCCGCAGGUUUAGUGAUGCUGUUGUCAAUCCACCUCCUCGCCCCCCACCCCCAAAUCUCAAACGUAUCAAACCGUUGAUGAACCAUGACCGGCGGACCGUAAACCCACUGGCUGGUGCCUGGACCCCUCCACCUCAUCACUUACAGCUACAGUUCCAACACCAGCCUCAGCAACAGUGUUUUGGAAGUAACAACCUUGCCAGGAUGGCCCAUCUGGCCAAAUCAAGCCCUCAGUUAGAUGACGACUUAGAAAAAGAGAAGGAGCGAGACAAAGAGAGAGAACGGGAAAAGGGACAGGAGAGAUACCCACCACAAGUUAAUAAGGUGGCAGUCAUAGCACAACUUCAGGAGGCGGUACAUGGAGUGACCAGUGAAGAGGUUCAGAGAGCUCUGCAUCGCAGUGACUGGAAUCCUACACGGGCAGAACAACAGCUUAAGAUAGAUCAGCUGUUUUACAUGAACCAGUGCUCCCGUGAGGAGUGUCAAAAAAUACUUGCCCGCUACAACUGGGACCUGCAGCACGCUGGACGCUGUCUCAUUCGAUUGGUUAAAGAAAGAGAUAGACCCAGAGAGACUGCACUGGAAAGACGAGGAGAAAGAGUUUAAAGCUUAGAGUUGACUGUUUAAAGUUAACUAUGUACAUAAAUGCCAGGAGCUCAAUUCUUUAUAUCAAGGAAUUAUAUCAACAGUCCACAAAAAUCCAGGACACCGAAAAUGUUGUUUAUGCUGAGAAAAUACAGCAUAAUUGAAAUAUAAUGUAUUACUUGACUUUUAAGAGAAGAUUGUUGCGACAGCAUCUUGUCUGUUUUUUUUAGUUUGGAUGUAAAUAUACUUUUGAAUUUGUAUAUAUAGUGUAAGAAGUAUUUGUAGCUGUUUAAUAAAGUAAAACACAUUUACAAA